CUAUCUCAAGAUAUAGAACAGAUGGGUAACCAAUUGUGGAACACAGCAAUAGAGAAUGGAUGGAAACCAAUUGGAAACAUCAAUGACCAACACAUCCAGGAGCUCGGACGUUGGGCGGUGUUGGAGUUCGGCAAGCACGUGAACUGCGUGCUCAAGUUCAACAAGGUGGUGAGUGGCAGGCAACAACUUGUUUCUGGAAUGAACUACAAACUCAUCAUCGACGCAUCAGACAUUGGCGGGAAAGAUGACAAGUACAAGGCAGAGGUGUACGAGCAGGAGUGGACUCACAAACGCCAGCUCCUCUCAUUCGCCAAGGUGAAAUAGGCGAGUA